AUGGCCGGCUUCAUGGUAGCUCUGAUGAUGAUAGUGGUGAUAAUCUCUCCUUGUGUCUAUGGAAAAGGGAGCUCUAAUCACCAAGAUAUCGAUGUACAAAGACUUUUGAAACGGUUCAACAAGCCUGCUCUUAAAUCUAUUAAGAGUGAAGAUGGAGAUAUAAUAGAUUGUGUUUUAAUUACUAAUCAACCAGCAUUUGAUCAUCCUCUACUUAAGAACCACACCAUCCAGUUGAGACCGAGUUUUAUCCCGAAAGUUGAUUCUAAGUACACCAAGAAAAAGGCAAAGGCUAUGAAUCAAGUGUGGAACAAGAAUGGAGAGUGUCCGAGAAACACUGUACCUAUCAGAAGAACAAAGAAAGAAGAUAUCUUACGAGCAUCGGCUGAGAGUUUCCGGAAAAAAACUCAUCAAAGCAUCCCUGAAUACCAAAGUCCAAGUACAGGCCAUGAGUACGCGGCCAUGGAGUUGAAUAACGGAAAGUUCUUCGGGACCGAAUUUGUAAUAAAUUUAUGGAAUCCAAAUGUCCAAGAUUCCGAAGAAUUCAGCUUGGCUCAGACUUGGCUUGUAUCUGGAGAAGGCCCUAAUCUUAACAGCAUUGAAGCUGGUUGGCAGGUUUAUCAAGAUAUGUAUGAUGACACCAAUACUAGAUUAUUCGUUUUCUGGACGAACAAUGGAUACCUAGGAGAUCAGUGCUACAACCUGAAAUGUCCAGAUCAUGGUUUUGUUCAGACGAGCAAUGUUAUCAGUGUAAGUGGAUCCUUAAAUCCCGUGUCACAAUACGACGGAGAUCAACAAGAGCGCCUCAUGCUUAUAUGGAAGGACGGUGAGAACUGGUGGCUAAAGAUCGGCGACGAGAAUGUCGGGUACUGGCCUGGCAAUUUGUUCACUUCUCUAGGAAAUGGAGCCACCGCAGUUAAAUGGGGCGGUGAAAUUGUAAACAAAAUGACCGAUGGAAAACACACAACAACGGAUAUGGGAAGUGGGCAUUUUGCAGACGAAGGAUACAAGAAAGCGAGCUAUUUCAGGAAUAUUAUGAUAGUUGAUGAAACCAAUACUCUGAUAGAACCACAAGGACUUACACCAUAUGUUUCUAAUGGUAACUGUUACAGCAUUAAGGAAGGAGAUGGUGGAACUUCUUGGGGGAGUCAUUUCUUUUUUGGCGGUCCUGGUCAGAACGAGAGAUGCCCUUGA